AUGUGAAGAAAAAUGAUUUCACAAGUUAGAAUCGUUGGAUACAUAAAAGUUUUAUCCAGACCGUCUUCAUUGGCAACGGAAACAAAAAUAAGUAUCAAUGAUGAAGACUAUAUCGCAGUUAUCCCUGACUUAGUAAACAAUGCUGAGAUACAUUCAUCUGAACUUAUUAUCACCAAUGUUCAGCUGAUGGUCAUCAGUGAUACUUCGUUCAAUGGUGAUGGUGAAGAAUUCUAUUUUCCCGCGGUUGCGCGCGUUGUUUCAAAAUUCAAGAUGGCGGCCGUUGGGGAAAUGUUUUUAUAUGCUUGGACAUCAAGUGUCGUGCUACAGACUUUAUCUGUGUUCUGUAGUUGCAUUAAAGCAUGCUAUAUGGCUUGGUCGUCGUCAAGGCAAUCGAGCGUUUCUCUCGAAAUUUUUCAUAAAGUCUUAUUCUUUCCAGACAGUCGUUUGAUAUGUCGUGACUUUUUUUCUCCCAGAGGUUGUCAUUUGGUUAAAUGUCGUUAUGCUCAUUAUAAGACGUCUUUGGGAAGUCUUCUUGAGGUCUUGUACAGCACACAGACAUCCUUGGAUAUCUGUGUUUUCACGAUAUCAUGUCAUGAGCUCGCGAAUGUUGCAAUGCAACUUCAUAAAACAGGAAAAACCAUUAGAGUCAUCACCAAUGAGGAAAAUGAAGCAUUAACGGGCUCACAAAUUGAAAGGUUUCAAGGCAAAGGAAUAAAAGUUAGAUACGAUACUACAUCUUAUCACAUGCACCAUAAGUUUGUAAUUGUGGAUGAUAAAAUAUUAAUUAGUGGUUCUUUUAACUGGACAAGACAGGCUGUAGUUGGUAACAAAGAAAAUGUUUUAUUAACAAAUAAUCCAGACAUUGUUCGUCCUUAUUGCAAAGAGUUCGAAAAACUUUGGCAGCUUUAUACACCUAAUAAGAGAUAGCUUUGUUUAUUGAGAUAUAUGUAUAUAUAUAAAUUAUAUUGUCAGAUCCUAGCUACGUACAAUAUAAAAUAUGAGAAAUGUAACUUGCAAAUGAAAAUUACAAACAAAAGACAUGUCAUUGUUAAGUUAGAAAAGUUUACUAUUGUCUCUAUUUUAAGUAAUAAAUCACAAGGUUGAUAUGAAAUUUUUAUAAAUAAACAUUUUCAUUUGAA